UCUUCACCCCAUCAUGAUAUCUUGUCCCCCAUAUGGGCCUGGGACACAUAGUUUUCUGGGAGGUGUAGUCCCGGUGGGUCUGGAUUCCCCUUUCUCCUCCUCCCUGUGGGCCGGCUAAUGGAUGCGGGACUUGCCGGGAGCUGUAGUUCUCCGAGGUGCCUAGAUGCGGAGUCCCAAGCUUUUACUCAAGGGAGGCAGGAACUACAACUCCCAGGGCUGCCCGGCGGCAGCAGGUGGGAGCGGGGCUGUUGAUAUCAAUAUGGCGGUUGUCAGCCAGACAAAGACAGUCAGUCUGAUGUGAUUGAGGCAAGGGAGGUUUUCACGGGGAGACUGGGAGAUACCGGCCUCCCCUCCUCCCUUUCCUCUUCCUGUGCGGGCCUCAAACCCUCCCCAGCCCCCACCCGCCGGGCUCCCCACGCGGAAGACACCCCUCCCCCUCCCGCUUUCUCCUUCCUAUCUCAGCUUUUCGUACUGGGACGUUGGGGAGGGGGCUGUGCCGGGCGGAGAGAACUCAGCGAGGAUUCUGAGAAUGGUAAAUAUCGCUGACCAUCUCUGGAAAGGUUAUUGAUUCGCCUCAUGUAAAGUAUGCUCAGUUCCUUUCCAGUGCUUUUGCUGGAAACCAUGUCUCACUAUACAGAUGAACCCAGAUUUACCAUAGAGCAGAUAGAUCUGCUUCAGCGCCUCCGGCGUACCGGAAUGACUAAACAUGAAAUUCUCCAUGCCUUGGAAACUUUGGAACGUCUCGAUCAAGAGCAUAGUGACAAGUUUGGAAGAAGGUCCAGCUAUGGAGGAGGUUCGUAUGGGAAUAGUACCAGCAAUGUUCCAGCAUCUUCCUCCACAGCUACAGCUUCCACACAGACCCAGCAUUCGGGAAUGUCCCCAUCACCCAGCAACAGUUAUGAUACCUCCCCACAGCCUUGCACUACCAAUCAGAAUGGGAGAGAGAAUAAUGAGCGAUUGUCCACCUACAAUGGAAAGAUGUCACCAACUCGCUAUCAUGCAAACAGCAUGGGUCAGAGGUCAUACAGUUUUGAAGCCUCAGAAGAGGACCUAGAUGUAGAUGAUAAAGUGGAAGAAUUAAUGAGGAGGGACAGCAGUGUGAUAAAAGAGGAAAUCAAAGCCUUUCUUGCCAAUCGGAGGAUUUCCCAAGCAGUUGUUGCACAGGUAACAGGUAUCAGUCAGAGCCGGAUCUCUCAUUGGCUAUUGCAGCAGGGAUCAGACCUGAGUGAACAGAAGAAGAGGGCAUUUUAUCGAUGGUAUCAACUUGAGAAGACAAACCCUGGGGCUACACUAAGUAUGAGACCUGCUCCCAUUCCAGUAGAGGAUCCAGAGUGGAGACAAACACCUCCCCCAGUCUCUGCCACACCUGGCACCUUCCGACUAAGACGGGGUAGUCGAUUUACCUGGAGAAAGGAAUGCCUGGCUGUCAUGGAAAGUUACUUCAAUGAGAAUCAAUACCCAGAUGAAGCAAAGAGAGAAGAAAUUGCAAAUGCUUGCAAUGCAGUUAUUCAGAAGCCAGGCAAAAAGCUGUCAGAUCUGGAACGAGUUACCUCCCUAAAAGUAUAUAAUUGGUUUGCUAACAGACGGAAGGAGAUCAAGAGGAGAGCCAAUAUCGAAGCAGCAAUCCUGGAGAGUCAUGGGAUAGAUGUACAGAGUCCAGGAGGCCAUUCUAACAGUGAUGACGUCGAUGGAAAUGACUACUCAGAGCAGGAUACUUGGCAAGUACGCAAUGGGGAGGAGGAGGAGGGAAGAAGUUCAGAGGGAGGCAGAGAAGCAGAGAAGGAUGACAGCACUAGCCAUAGUGACCACCAAGACCCCAUCUCAUUAGCUGUGGAAAUGGCGGCAGUCAACCACACUAUCUUGGCAUUGGCCUGUCAAGGGGCCAGCGAAAUCAAGACAGAGGCCCUGGAUGACGACUGAUCAGGAAGGAUUAAACAUAAGACGUUAACUUAGUUUUAGAUGUAGCACCUUAGCAGACUUUCCUUGGUCCUUAACAUGUGUUCUUAACAGUAUAACUUUACAGUUUCUUGUAUGUCAGUUAGCCGUUAGGGUCUUGUUCUGUGAAGAUGGCAUGGUGCCCUCAGCCUUUGCAUAUACUCUCUCAGUAUUAAUUCCCAGUAAAUAAUAACCAACCAACCAACCAAACUUCUCUCUCCCAGCCCCUGAGGCUAGAAAAUCUUGCUGCUCCGUCUUAGCAUUCCAAGAAAGUGCUUCCAGGUAUUUAGAUAGCCCUCAGUUCUCAAAUAUUAGACAAUGUAUAAAAUCUUGGAUACCUUUAGAUUCAUGUAACACUAGUCUGUACACCCUUUUCCUUCCCCAAGACUGAUAGGAUGCAAGCUGAGGUCGUUUGGCACAGGAUGGACAGACACCACUUGGGGAGUAUCCACAGAGUAAAAGGAACACUAUAGUCCCCACCUCAGCAUGAGAAUAAUUGAUUUCCAGCUGCAAUAAGCCGUGCCUCAUUAUAGUCACACUGUGGCUAGAUUAUAUUUCUUUGGGUGCUGUGCUAAGAAUGUCAGUGGAUUUUGGUUGAUGUUAACAUGCCUAACACAGACAUCCUUUCCUUUCACAAGCUGUGUGACUUAGUAGAUAAAAUACUGCCUUCUGCCUUUGGGACCAUGAUUUAAAAAAAAGACAAAGAAACAAAACCCAGCUUGAGAGCAUUGGAAAAAAUAUGACCUGAAUGUCUAAUGGAUGCUAAAGUCCAGUUCUCAGAACCACUGUACUUUAUGUGGCACAAUUACCAAUGCCUGCCUGGAAAAGUCCUGAGGUCAUCAUAGAAGUUACUUUGCCUCCUCUCUGUGUCCCCUUUUCCCUACUACAAGGAUGAAACUGAGGUCAAACAUGAGUGAAUGAACUUACUGUCUUUGUGUCUAUUAACUGAGGCCCCUCAAUGUGAGAGGUUGAGGAGGACUUUAUAAUGGGAUUAUGCUGACUAUCACAAGUGCAAAUACCUAGAAAGGAGCAGAAAAAAGCAGGGGACAUUUACCACACAUUGUGGCGGUGUGAGAACACAACGAGAUGUGACUGCUUUAGUGUUCUCUUUACUCUGUCCUUGUAGAGGUAUGAAAAGCUAUAUUGCUACAGGCAAUUUGUUUAAUAAUUGGAAGCCAUAUUGAUAAUGGAUGUGGUAAUAUUUGUAAAGUUUAAUCUACUUUAAGUGGCAGUAACUAAUGGAAUUUUUGUCCUUGAUCACAUAUGUAGUACUUUUGUUACUUUUUAAAGAUAUUUAUAUUUGAUAAAUCCUUUUUUCAUUUUGAGAACUCAAAAUACCAAACAGUGAAUUUGUGUUAUAAAGUCACCCUGUGAUCACCUUGUCAUCUAGUAGCAAAAUGAUGAACUACUCAUGCAUCAAAGAAAAUUACAUCUGCUGGUCUUGUAUGAAGUGAUCUCUUGACAUCCCGAUUAAAUGACACACUGUCACUGCAGGUAAGAGGAGACAGCAUUCAGCGUAGCAGCAUAGGGUGCAUCUGCGGGAGGCUCAAGUGCUGCGUGUGUUCUGCCUCAUUCCAUCUCUCCUUUCUACGAAUAAUGAAGCCUUGGUUAAAGGGGAAUAUGGGGCUUGGUAAUAAGCAGAGCUUCUGUCGUUAUGUCUGUUAUCUGAAAACAAUUUCUAAAGUAGAAGGAAGGUGCCAUUUCCUCACCACUUCACCCCUCCUCCCCCACCAGAUGUAUUCAACUUAAAACCAUUGAGAGAGAGACUUACCUUCCUUGUUUUCCCUUUCUUAUUACUGAGACAUUACAUACCCACCAGUUUUCAGCUGGUCUAACUCUACGUAAGGCACACACUGACUAGACCAUCUCCCUCUCUGUUUAUUUUGCUUACAUAAGUGAGGAAAAGUCUUUGAGAGGACUUGAAAGUGCUUCAGAGACCUUUGUGCAAGCCUGAUCCUACUCUCGUCUGUGGAUUUCAGGGGGAAAACGCAUGUGCUUUUUCCAACUUCCCAGAAUUGAAGUAAAGCGGAGCAGUCUUUCCUGUUUCACUGUAUUACUUGAACCAACCAUUUCAAGAGUAGUAUUUGUUAAUCUCAGGAAUGAUCCCCUCGCUUCUAUUCUUUCUUGGUUUGUUUGACUUUUUAUUUCAAUUAGGACAUGUAUUAUCUUUCUUUCCUUUUAUUAGAAAAAAUAUAACAUAUCUUCUCAUUUUGGUGGAAUUUUGUCUGCUUAUUCUCAGUUGAGUCAGAAAGAAAAUGAAAGAAAAAAGUAUACUCUUUGACAAGCCACAUCCAUGAUUUAUUGUAAGGAGAUUAUUAUAAUUGAUAGCUUCUUAAUGAUAGGAUUGCUACUACCAUUUGUUCUUGCUGGCCUUUUUAAAGGAACAGACUCAAACUGUUAGACAGCUGCAGUUUCUAAAGAAAUACAAUGAUAGCCACAGAAAAGCUAAAAGGUUUCAUUAUUUUAAGACUUAUGGAAAGAAAGAAAAAUCUUUUGGGAAUAAAGGAGAAUUAGUAUCCAUGAAGGCAGUACCAGGCCCUAUCUGGCAAUGUGGUAAAACUGAAAGAAUAUUCCUACCAGUGUAGGAUAGUAUCCUAUUCAGUUCAGUAGAAAUAGAAGGAAGGGAAAUAGAUUUCACCAACAAUUCUCUGAUUAGAGAACACUGCUAGCCUCCUAUAAAGACCUACUGCCUUACCUAUAACUUUUGGUUUUUCACCAAGAGUCUACUUUUGGACCUCGAUUUAAAUCUUCCAUCGGUUUUCUAUUUGUCCUCAGGUUCAGUUCUGCUGUCUUGUCCCAGCCACUUUCAUUCUCAUAAUGGCACAUGAAGUUGCCACUGUUUAAUCUGUAAUAUCUUUAGAUGAGAGAUUUUUUUUUUUUCUUAAGCUUUUUCAGACUUUAGAGGUGGUAUUAAAUUAGAAACCCUAAGCUGCUCUAUUACUGGAAGAAAAAUAUCCAAGCUCUUAAGAAUUUUAUGCCCUUUGGUGGCUCUGUUCCUCUUCUCUCACCACGUCUGUCCUUCAGGCCUGAAAGGACUCUCUCAGGGGCUGUUCCUUCCUGUUUGAGGAAGACUUUAUUAAAAUGUGUGGGGUGGGAGGAAUCUUACUGACUGUUAUUCAUGUAAUUUAUCUGUUACUAUUUUUUUCUCUCUUGCUAUAUUUAAAGAUACUUUAAUUGAAUUACAGAGGUCAGAUGGGUGAACUUCCUACUUUUUUUACAACACAACUUUACAUAGGGACCUUUUAAAGAUGGACCAUCCAAAUGCAAUGUCUGCCUGUCUGUUUAUAGCCCUAACAUCAGAUGAAGGCCCAGUAUGGACAAUACAGUACACUCGUAUCUGAGACCUUAUGGAGCCAUUCAGUACCAAGUAGACAUCUUGGUUUAUUUCAACAAAGCUUAUAAUGGUGGAGCGUCCCUUAAGGCAGUUUCCUUCUUCACAAUCUGAAUCCUUUAAAUGGUUGGUAAAUGUCGUUACCUCCCACCUAUCCAUGAGUUCUGUACAGUUUCCAACAUUGUCAUUUGGUGGGACAGCCCCCCACAUACAUUCCUAUGACCCUUCACAGGAAGAAGGAACCUGGGGCAGAAAGGCAUGGAACCCCUUCUAGGGUACCUUUUGCCCCAGCUCAGUAGGGAUGGCCACCUAAAGAUGUGAGGAAGAAGUGCAUUAACACUGAGGCAUGCGAUUGUGGUACUCCAGUUCCUGGUAGAUAAUCCACUGAUCAGUAACACCUAUUUUGGGUUCAGACAUCCAAAGGUAUUUUUACCUUGAAGGAAAAAAAAACUCAAGAACUAAUACAGGUGUUUCAGUUCUCCCUAUUUGGCCUUUGUCUUUAGGAAACAUUGGUUUUCAGAUCUUUCCUCUUGAAUUCCAACCAUCAGACACCAACUAUAAAACAGACUUUCAUUCAGUCAGGAAUCUCCAAUCACAUUCUCUCAGUCUUCUUCCAUUUUUGUCUGUGCUCCAGAACUGGUUCUGAUCUGACCUGGAAUCUGUUACCUUUGAUAGCUGGCAGAGCGGGUGGGUAUGGUCCAUUUCUUGACACAGCUGCUCCUUCCUGCUUUGCAGCCCAUCCUUUUUGACAGCUACAUAUUCCACUGACCAGCUACAUUCUCUAUCUUUACAACAGUGGAAAUAGUCCCUUUUUUCAUAAGUGAACCCCACCCCUGUCCUAAAAAUGUGAACUUUAAGUCCUUACUGUCUCUUUGCUCUUAAGAAGGGUUUGGUUAGAAGCAGUCUUCCCAUUUAACUCACGGCUCUGCCUUUUAAAAUUGCUUUUUGUCAUUUGUUAUUCAGAGAACGAGCAAAGUAUUUUUUCCCCAAUGAGUCUCAGCAGAUUCUUAGGCAAUAAUUUUUCUUGUUGAUGAUUUUGUUCUUGGUAACACUCUACAUUGAGUAGUCCUGACCCUGUACAUUGUGUGUUGAUUUUCUGUGUUAAUCUCUGUGAUUUUCAUCUUAAGUCAGUGAUGAUAGUUUUUGUCCUUUUGUUGUUGUGGUUAUUGGCAGUGUUUUACUACUGUAUUCAUUGGGGCUGCAUUGAGACCAGCCAAAUCCAUUUAUAGCUUUACUGAGCCGGAUCUACUUGUCAAGACUUCCCAAAUAAAAGUUGGGCACAUUGACCAGCUUCUGCUGGUGGCAUCUUGUGGGCGGGGGGGAUGCUUUGGGGUGAGGGUGGGAAUUACACAUAUAAAGCAUUCCUUUUCUGGGUGCUCUUUAAAUAGCAAGGAUCUUUAAUCAGGAUUUGGGGAUCAGUUGUCAGCCAUAGUGAAUUUGGCAAAUGGAGCUGCAUGCCCUGAAAGCCCUCUUACUGUUUCUUUCUUCCAUAUUGUCUGAUUUACAUUGCCUAGUGAUGCCUAAGUUAUCCAGUUUAAAGGUAUUGCACAGUAAUGAGAAUGGAAGGUUUUCCAGAGGAGGCAACUGAAUGGCCAGUGCUUUGCUGAGGCAGUUAUCCUCUGAGGAGACUGCGAUAGUAUGCUGGGCGGAGUACAGGACCUUCCUUUUUUCUGUAAUGUGGACUCCUUCAUUAUAUACUGUUUGUUUCAAAAGAUGACUGUCACUUAAAAAGAAAGAUCCCCUUGCCACUUUGAAAAGAAUUUACGAUACUAAGGUUGGCAGGAAAGGCUUUUUGAAUGCAUCAAGCCAACAAGUCAGUUUUCUGAUUAAAGAAACUUCUCUCUCACAAACAGGUUAUGUUGGGAAACUCUGUUCUUAAUUCUCUUUAUUUAUUAGCCUCAAUGAUAUGCUGCCACUCUUGCCAUCUUAGAGGGCCGAUCGUUGACUCAUUUCUCUCUGAAGUGCAGCUCUGUGCCUGUGUAUGUACAUUCAAGAGCUAGAAGUUUCUGUGCUAGCUUUAUUGUUCUUUCUUGGUGGAGAUGAGAAAUAGCAGCAACAAGAAACCUCAUGAUCUGAGAAAUCCAGUUUCUUCUAACCCUGGGGUUUUUGUUCAUUUUGUUUUUAUCAAGGGGCGAAGAAAUGCAGGAGAGAAAAGAUUGAGAGAAAAUUUGUAUGCACCCAGGUAUCUUACACAACCUUCUUAUCAUAGUCACCCAGGGGUUUCACAGACAUAGUAAGUGCCUCAGGGUUACAAACAUCCACAUCUCUUAACUUCUUUCUGACUCUUUAUACUGUGCUGGGGCCAGGCAGUAAGCAGAACUAAAUAGAGUUGAUUUUAUUCAGGUGAAAUCUAACUGGCAUUGUUAUACCACUUGACAGUUUACCACGCACGUCUCACACCCAUGAUCUCAUUAGCUAGCUCCCUAACAACAAACAGAAGGCUGCAUCUGCAGGGAGCAGCUUUGCCUUUUCCCUCCCCUGCCAUCCAUUUAACUUGGUAAUUUUUCAGAUCUCUUUGCCCCAGUGUUCCCCGAGUGGUAUUUGGACUCUCUGUGCCCUCCAGUGAGUGUCCAGGCACCCAGGUGCAGGUGGCAUAUGGAAAGCAGUGGGUUGUGUGCUGUCAUCGCUCUGGGGUUACCCCAGUGAGGGGCGUGUGUGCACAUACAGCCUAGCUCUUGCUUGGGAUACCAGCUCCUUCAGCUCCAUUUUCAUUUUCUCUCUCUUUUAAAUAAAAAUGGCUCUGUACAGCCAUAAUAACGCUCAAAUUCACAUUGGUGUGCUGUGAUCAAAUGAACGUUUGGCUGAAUCUUUUCAAAUUGUAACCAUGGUAAUUUGAGGGGGGUGGCAUAGAAUGACUAUAUAAAAAUAUAAUGACAAUUGCUCUGAAUGACUGAGUGUCCUCCUGACAUGUAAUUAGCUGUUUUAGCAAGAUGUGGAUUGGCGUGGUCAUAACUAAAAGGAUUUCUGUCCUUUAUAUGAUUGAAAAUGGCAGAUGUCCCAUCCCCUUGUCCCUUUUAGCACUAAUGCUCCCGGGAACAUUUGAAACAGCAACCCAGUAAACUAAAAUAAUGACAUGGUGCUCACGUUCUCUCAAGUGGAAGAAUAGGAUUUGGAUUUAUUUCAGCUUCAAAAUGGAAGCCUUUGCUUAUUGCUCCCCAUGUGACUUCUAAAGUAUUUGAAACCUCUGUCUCACAUCCACUUGCAGCCUGUUCUACCUUUCAGUAGAAACCACAGUCAGAAUUCCAAACUAGCCAACCACAGACAGGCCCUCUAGGUCACUGUCCCACUUGCUAACCAGCUACCGUAUCAUGUUGGCCUGACUUAAGGACAUUUACUGCUUAAUGAGCUCCCUAGAAUUUUCAGAGUUUUCCUUGGUUAUGUGAUAUGUCCACUGCCAUCACUGCAGGAAAGUAUUUAUCAAACAGCAGUUUACAUAGGGGUUAAGUAAGGUUUUCCUUAUUGAAUCAUAUGAUCUAGAACAAACAACACGACACGAACACAUAAGAAUGAAUUUAUACCUACCAGCUUUAAACAGCUAUGUGGCAUAAAGGGAGUACUGGUACUUGCAAUAUCCUAAAGUUCCUGGAGCAAAAGAACACCAGUGAAUUUUCCCCAGCUUUUCUUACAUCACUGUUCAAUGUUGUCACCAGCGUUAUUCUGUUAGGGGUUUCUUUUGUUAUCCUGAGUUUUCCCCACUUCUCUUCUUCCAACCACCCUGUCCUGUGGGUUGUCAUGUGGUCUUAACUCCCUACACAGCCACGACCGUGGCAUCCACUCUUCUCACGCUGAGGUAUCAGACACUGGAUGAGAGCUGCAGAGUCGCAGCUAGCCCUGCUCUAGCAUAUGUAGGUUUUUUAUUUUUUCUUUUUCCAUCACUUGCAGAAGUUUUUAUUCUGUUGUAUGAUCAAGAGUGAGCCUGCAAGAACACCAGCACCCAACAUAGUGCCAAAGGUCCCUCAUGAGCAGUUUGUCUCCAGGAGGCUCACAGUUGUGCUAGGCAAGCCCAGGUUCCGGAGCCCUUCCUUUCUCAGGGCUGGACACUCCAAGAUUGGUUAGUAGCCACUAAAGAAAAUACAGCUCUUGCCUUUUUCUUUCUUUCUUUUUUUUUUUCAUAUUUUGCUGCUUCCCCUCAUACACAUCUUUUCCCUCCUCCAUGUAUCUGAAGGAAUCCUAACCUAGCUUAACUGUCUAAUUACAAAAUCAGUUUUAUAAAAUGCUGAGGUGGGCAGCUUAUUUAUAAUUGUCCUCUUCUCUCCACCAACAAACACACACACCUUUAGAGUUGAGGAAAGGUCCUUAUGCCACAGUAUUGUUUUACUUUUUUUCUUCCCAAAAUACCUACAGUAACAAUCGAAUGUGUACUAGUUGGGCUAGAUCAGGAAAAAAAAAAUGUGUAAAAGGUUUUUGCUUAGCAUUUCUCUUUGUGUAAGAUAUAAAAGCAACUUUGUGCCCAUGCACCCUGCACACCUGCAUUCCAGAGAUACGUACGUCAUGGAGCCUGCUUGCAGUGGGACCCUACCUGUCUUCAUGACAACUGAAAUGAUUAUGAAUUUAUGACACCGAAGAUUAGAGCAUCCCUUUGCUUAUUUGCUCAGCUGAAAGAUAGCUAAAUAUCUUCAUUAUAAUUUAGAGCAAGUCUUAAGAUUAAAAAUUCUGAGAUCUGACUAACCAAAACCAAACCAAACCCAGUGCCAUCAAGUCGAUUCCGACUCAUAGUGACCCUACAGGACAGAGUAUAACUGCCCCAUAGAAUUUCCAAGGAGCACCUGGCGGGCUGACCCUUUGGUUAGCAGCUGUAGCACUAAACCACUAUGCCACCGGGGUUUCUAAGCUCUGACUAGACGACUAGAAUACUGAUUUGAGAGACAUGCAGUAAAACAGCCAGCAGAACAUUCUGAUGAUUUGCUUACAUUGAAAGGAAAUAGAAUUAUCAUUGCAGUUAAAACCUUGUAACAUGGUCUCUUAUUUUAGGGAUCAGAGUAUUAGAUGUGCUGCCGAAGGGAUGGUGCUCUUCAGAAAGAACUGGAGUUGGGAAGAUUUCCCUUCCCAGGUGUCUCCAGAGAACACUUUGGUGACUCAAAAAACAAACUAGCACCCCGCUCCCCUUUCCCUAAUAAGAAAAGAAACCCAACUCACAAAAAUGGGUGAAAACAUAGGGGGUGUUUACCCAUGAAAUUUUUUUUUUUUCUAUUUUAAAGAAACAUCAAAAGAAAAUUGUUCUUAGAAGAAACUGGAGUAAAGAUGCUGUCAUUCUAAACCGUAAUACAAAAAGAGAGAGACCUCCCGAGCAUUCGAAGGUCAUGGUAAUAGCAGGCGCCAUUCACUCAGCAUGUACUCUGUGCCGGGUGCGUUACUGAGUGUGUUUACACACACCAUCUCUUCAUUACUCAAAGAUUCACGGACCCUACACUGAGCAAUACCACCCUACAAAGUCCUUCAUGAGUAAAAUUUCCAGUCACUUUUUUCAUUUUAGUAGAAUAUUAAUCAUAAAAUGGCACGUGUAGGAAAAGCCAGCCUGUCCCUGCUCUGAAUGAACUCACUGGAUCUGAGCCGUUUCGUUUUCUUCCAUGGCAGCUUUGAAGAAUCCCCACAGUCACACUGCAGCAUUGCUGUCGCUGUCUGGCACUCCAUUCCCUCUAAUACUGGACUGGCAUUGUCAUUAUGGUCUAGAUACCAUAGCCUAGGCCUUUUUUGUCAUGGUUAGCCUUCCUCCCUGGUUAGUUAGUGCUGGCGACAGAAAUGCACUUAACUCGGUGACGCUCUGCAACCGUGAUGGGAAACAUUUUGUUUCCACUCUGUGGUGUCAGGGAUGCAGAUGUGAAAGUCUUGCCUUUGGGGAAGAAGCGUAGAUGGCUGUCUUAACAGUGUGAGUACUGAGAGGAGCUAGAACUCAUUUGCACUCUUGAGGUGUUGUUCCAGUUAGUGAAGGCAAAGAACGUUAAAAUUGCUCAUGUUUCCUGCUUUCUCUCUAGUCAGCGCUUCUAGUGUUUUCUUAGUGCCUGUAACUUUCAGGCACCCUGCUGGUAUUUAUGUUUUGCUAAACCAUUCCAGCUUGCUGUGCCAUCCCUGCCAUCACAGCCAUGACUUGGAGGUGGAGAACCAGAGAAGGCUGUGGUGCUGGGCCAGUACUUGUGGAAACCCGAAGCUCGUAUUCUGAUGCUGAAUGAGUGCCAGCCCUGCCUUGGGCACUCAGUGGUUCUGCAUGAGCCUUCAGUGGCCAGUAAAUAGCAGUUUCAUGGAGACAGAUCCAGGUACUUGGCUCAGCGUAAGACCACCCCACUUUCUUAUAGUCCGAAUCCAGCAAAGCAGCAAGGUGUCUUGAGGAUUGGAGGAUCCCUGUCCCUGCCAUGGCUCAUGUGGAGGCUCGGUGGUUGUUGGUCAGGGACCCUGAACAAAGGACGUGGGCUCCCAACUGAACUGAGGAUUCAGCCAGCCUGGAAUUCCAUGUUCCUCCCUUCCCUUUUCUACCUCUUUUCCUUUUAAAAAUGAGUGCUUGUCCAGUGGUUGGUUCUUUGAUUAUCUUGCUCUUAACCCACUCUGUCAUGUCAUGGACAACCUGAAUGAAAGCCCAGGAGGGUGAAAGCCACAGCUUUGAGAUCAUCUCUGCAAGAAAACCCACUAGGCUUAUGAGUUAGGAUUGAUGAUCCCAAUAAUAGACAUUUUUCAUUCCCUGGUUAAUGGGUGUUUUUAUUAUCCAAUACCUCCUCCCCCCCUAAAGAAAAUUUCAUUUGAAGGGAAGAAGGCAUGCAUGGCUUCCAGUUUGGUAUUGAUCCAGAUUUUCUUCUCUGGUGGUGGUUUGAUGCCACUGAACUUUGGAAUGGAGGCAUUGUUUAACUCUUCCAUAGGAAGAGGACAUAAUCACAAAGUUCCAUUCAUGGUGAGACAAGUCAUAAGACUUGUUUCAAGGUUUAGUCCUCCCUGUGUGACUUUUCCAAUUUCGUAUCACUUCCAAGUCAGGCCUGAAUU